AAUGAUUCUGUCAAGCUCUCAUGGUUUCUACCAUGGUUUUAAUUGAUUCCCUAUCAGUUCUCUUAUCCGAUUUGGUGUUGUAGACUGCUAGCGCUCCAGAACCUGCAAAGCUUCGCUUUUUCUGAAACUUUAUGAGCUUUGAGAAGUAAUCAUGGCUGGCAGUAGAGUUGAGGUGAUCAACAGCAAGGGUUGUUCGAGACUAUCUGUUGGGAUUUCCUCUUCGCUGUCUUCUUUGCGAGGGAUGCAAUCCUUCGAGCCAACGUACCCAGCUUCCUCUGCUAUGUCUCAGCCUGCCGUUCGAGCCAGUGGUCCAUUUGCCGGUCUGGUUAUUUGUGUCACUGGACUAUCCAAAGAAGCGAGGAAGCAGGUCAUGGAUGCCACAGAUAAAUUAGGUGGUCAAUACAGUCCCAGCUUGCAUUCACGAUGUACUCAUCUGGUGGCCCAGAGCUUCAGUGGACGUAAGUUUGAGCAUGCUUUAAAGCACGGAUUGAGAAAUGGUCUAUUUGUUGUCACCUUGGGAUGGUUCGUGGAUAGUGUUAAGAGGAAUGUGAGGUUGAGUGAAUCACUUUACAGUGUCAAAACUGUUGGAGAAAGAGGCCUACAAACGGAGGAGUUGAAUCGGCUUCUGGGGUUCACCGCCACUGAGAAUACUUGUCUGCCCGUUGGUCUGCGUGGAGAUACUAAACAAUAUAGCGACACUCUGCAACCACAUACACACGUAACUGAAAAAGAGAAUAGAAAGACUGGGGGGGCAGCAGUUCUUUCCAGACACUCCAUAUUUGUUGAUUCAGAUAUUUCCACGGAACUACGUAGUAAGGUUGUGGAGACAGCUAUUCAAGAAGGUGCUACAAUUGUGGAUCACUGGCUUGUUGGUUGCGGUGCAAGUCAUGUAGUGUGUGAAGGACCUUCUGUUCAGAGAUAUCUUGGCCACACUGAUAAUGUUGUUACACCAUUUUGGAUUCUCAAAACAACAAAGGAGAAAAAUAAGCAAAGGCUUGUGCAUUUGUCGGCUGAUUUAGCUAGGCAGGUUGGCAUGAUCCUGGAAAAUUUUCAGAAUGUAAUUGCUGUGAAGGAAGCAAAUGGGGUUGAUGCCUGUCAAGAUUCAUUAAAUUUUCAAUUAGCACAAAGAAAAUUUAUAAAAAUCCCUGAAGAAAGACAGAAGACUGUUGACUUGGCAAAAAUUGGAGUCAGAAAUCGUCGUGGUUACUGUAUGCAGACAUUUCAAGCUCCGAUACGCUCAAUUGCCCCAAUCAGCCUUCUGGAUUCAAUAUGCUGGUCGAUAUCUGAGCCAACUUCAACUGCUUGUAUUCAUACAGAUUCUUCUGGUUUUGAGGAUGUAAGCGACCAUCACACUUCUAUAUUCUUUGAUGCAAGAGGGGAUGGAGGGGACCCAGAAACCUCAUUUGAGAACUUCUCUCGUCCACUCAGAGAAAGUGAAAAGGCGGAGUUGAUAUUCAAAAAUCACUUUCUUACGAUUCUGUUUCCAAUUGACCGAUUCGGUGAGAUGGGGCCCUCUUCAAGAACAUACUUCAGCGAUUCUGGUUUUACAUGUUUGCAGGUGUUGGAUUAUAUCUAUGCAUUUUAUCAGGAAAACAUGUCAUCAGAUGAUGUAGAUGCUGCAAUUCAUACUGACUCUAGGUAUGCUGAACGGCUUCGAUCGGUCUAUGCCAGCAAAGAGACAGCAGAGCUUGGUUUUGUGCGAUUCAAGCGGAUUAAUUUUCUGGGGAGUCGAAAAAGCUUUGAAAUGUUAAAGCGUGUUAGUGUGGAUAACAAUAGCAAUGUGUAUGAGCUGUUGAUCAGAGCAUGAUAAAUUCCCAAAGGUUGACUCUCUCUCCCAUUUCUAGAGACAGAAGACCUGUUAGAAGCCCCAGCUCUAGACCAUUGGAUAGAACUUCUAGUGUUCAUUGUAUUUUUAUGGAAAGUGGGAUGCAGUUUAUACCUGAAAUUUGUAG